AUGGAAGGAGUGUCUUCAGCAGCCAUCGAGGUUCUUAUCCAAAACCUGAUCAACGUUUUUAAAGACGAGUACUCUUUACUUCGAGGUCUCGAUGAAGAUGCACAGCAGCUGCAAAGGACUUUGGGGAUGAUUCAAGCCUACUUGAAUGAUGCUGAGAAGAAAUCCAUCACACAAGAUGCUGUCAAGAUCUGGUUGAGGGAGCUUGAAGCCGAGGCUUUCAAUGCUGACAAUGUCUUGGAUGAACUCAGCUAUCAUCUUCUCCACAAAAAAGUGAAGCAAAUGAAAACACCCAAAGGCAAGGAUAAGGUACUAUCAUGCUUCCCAUCCUUUAAUGGCAUUUUGCGUCGGCGUGAUAUGGCUCACACAAUUAAUCAAAUCAAUGCUAAUUUUGAGUCCAUGAACAAAAGAGCAACAGAUCUUGGCAUUCAAAGCAUGGUUGUGAAUGCACCUGCUGCUGUUGCUCAUACUUCCGUCGAGACGGAUUCGUUCAGUUUUGAUCCAAUCUUUGUUGGAAGAGAUGGUGAUGUGCCUAAACUAGUUGACAUGCUCACCUUGACUGACCCAGUGGAAAAGAAACGGGUGUUCUCAAGCCUUUCUCUUGUGGGAAUGGGGGGUAUGGGAAAAACUACGUUGGAUAGAAAAUUGUUCAAUAAUGAAAGAGUAAAGGCUCAAUUUGGAUCACUUAUUUGGGUUCAUGUUUCUCAAACUUUUGAUGCAAUUAGUCUUUUCAACAAAAUACUUUAUAAGCUGACUAAAAAGAGUAGAGUUGAGAGCAGAGAUGAUAUCCUACAAAAGCUUCAAGAAGCUCUCAAGGCUAAAACUUAUCUCCUUGUUCUUGAUGAUGUAUGUAAUGAUGAUGUUUCAAAAUGGGAAGACUUUAUAAACUCCAUAUUGGGAGUUACUUCUACUAACGGAAAUGGCAUUAUCAUCACCACCAGGAGUGAAAAAGUUGCUUCUAUUGUUAACCCAUUUCAUAUUCAUCGUUUGAAUGGCUUAUCAGAUGAAGAUUGUUGGUCCAUAAUCAAGGCCAAAACUUUUCAUAACAAUGGUGGAGUUCCAUCAAGAUUUGAGAUAAUUGGAAGAAAGAUUGCAAAAAGAUGUCAAGGUUUGCCGUUAGCUGCCAAUGUAGUCGGGGGAGUGCUUCGUAGUAAAUCCGAAGAAGAGUGGCGCUUCAUCAAUGAAAAUUGGCUUUCAAAUGCCGAAGGAGGUAAAAAUAUUUCAAAAAUAUUGAAAUUAAGCUUUGAUCACCUCUCUUCACCGUCACUCGAGAAGUGCUUUGCAUUUUGUUCGGUUUUCCCCAAAGGUCGGACAAUCGUGAAGGAGGAGUUGAUUGAACUAUGGAUGGCAGAAGGGUUUCUUCAACCAAGCCGAAGAGAUGACAUGGAUUCUGUGGGCAACAUUCUUAUCCAAUGUUGGAGAUGGCAGUACCAUGUUCGAUACAUGUUCCUCAAAGACGAAACAAGUUCUAUUCCAAAAAAAGUGGCCAAAUAUUUGCGUACAAUAUUUUUGGAAAGUGGAACUUCUGGUACUAUAUUCACAAACUUUGAAUGUCUGCAUAAUCUGACUCUUUCUGGUGUACAUUUGAGAAAUCUGAACAUUUAUGAUACAGAAAUUGUAAACUUGCCGAAAUGGAUCAGUAAACUCCAUCACUUGCAAACAUUAAGAGCAUGCGGGGAGUUAGAGAAUCUGCCAAGUACGUUGAAGUAUAUGUUUAACUUAAGGCAUCUUUACAUCGGUUAUAAUACAAAGUUUCCGGCGGAGAUUGGGAGAUUAAGUAAUCUCCAAACACUACCUUACUUCACAGUAGGCAAAGAGAAGGGCUACCAAAUUGAAGAGCUCGGAAGUUUGAAGAAUCUCAAAGGCUCACUAGAGAUUCAAGAUUUGGAGAUGGUGCUUGAUAAGGAAGAGGCUCUGAAAGCAGAUAUAUUUCAGAAACCAAACUUAUUUGAUUUGGCGUUUACAUGGAGUGAUGGUAGAGAAGAUGAAAGAAAUGAUGAGAGUGUAUUGGAAGGCCUCCAACCUCAUGAAAAUCUGAAAAAUUUGGAGAUUUCAGGAUUCAAAGGCAUAAGAUUUCCAACGUGGGCUGAGAAGAUGGCAGUAUGUGAUGGGCCUAAGGGAUCUUGGGUACCACUUGAUAACUUGAUUGAAAUUAAACUCUUUAGGUGCUCAGAAAUUGAGGAAAUCCCAACGCUGGAGCACUUACCUAAUCUCAAGUCUCUUUCUUUGAAAGGAUUGAAAAAGGUGAGGCUCAUCAAUGCUUCGUUCUGUCAUUUAACAUCUCUCCAAAUAGAGUGGGCGAAUUUCUUGCCUUGGGCGGAGUUGGCCCUUAAUUGUUUCCAUCAUGCUGCGUUAGGCACCUCGCCGUUUCGUGCUUUAUAUGGCAGAGAGCCCCCCUUGUUGGUGGCCGCCCCCCCUUCGGCCCAAACCCCGCCCAAGGUUGCGGAAAUGAUUCGUGAACGGGGCGACCUGCUCAUUGAGCUGCGUCAGAAUCUGGAACGAGCUCGCACAAGCAUGGCCGCGACGGCUAAUAGGCAUCGUCGACAUGUUGAGUUUGACGUAGGCGACUUGGUUUGGUUGAAAUUACAACCCUAUCGUCAGCAUUCAGUGGCGAGGCCUUUAUCGGCUAAAUUGAGCAGGCGCUUUUAUGGUCCCUUUGAAGUCUUGGCUCGGAUUGGCCCGGUGGCCUAUCGUUUACGACUGCCAGAAGGGAGCCGCAUUCACGACGUGUUUCAUGUUAGCUUAUUGAAGGAGUUCGUCGCAGGUGAUGGUCCGCCGGAGGGAGUGAAGUUACCGGAGCAGUUUAUGGGAGAUCGUCCGAUUGUUUCACCGGAAGCCAUUUUGGAUUCUAAGGUGGUAUGGCACGGCGGGAAGCCGACGAAACACAUCCUGGUGCGUUGGUCAGAUGGGUUGGGGUCGGCUACCUGGGAGCCGGCUGACCCCAUUAUGGAGAGAUUUCCGGACCUCUUCCUUGAGGACAAGGAAGCUUCUAACGGGGGGGGGGGAGUUGUUACGAACACCCCUGACGCCUCCACGACUACAGCACCGGUGGGGGCGGAGAACACAAGCGUGGAGGAAGAAAGGGCAGAGCGCGAGGCAAUGGAGGAAGAGGCAGUGGAACCUGAUGCGAGCGACAGUGCGGAGGAGCCGGAUAAGGCGUGUGCGCCGCCGGGCAGAGAGUUGAGGCCGAGGAAGAAUCUUAAACCGCCGGAGAAGUACCGUGACUUUGCCCCAAAGUAG